CUGUUUACAAUUUUUUUACAAAAUUGUUUUAAAAUUCCAAACAUUAAUGGAUAAUUCAAUAGAAUCAUCUAAAAUUAAGAAAAAACCUUGGAAGAAAAAUUUAUAUGAGAAUAAGGAUUAUGAUGAUAAUUAUACACAUGAGCCAACUUUUUUAAAGGAUUUGGAAAGGAACAAAAAUAUACAAAUUUUUACAUUGUCAGAAUCGAUUAAAGGAGCAACUUUACUUAAUAAUCAAAUAUCUUGUAUUACUGCAUUUCUUAUUGUAUUUUAUUUACUAUAUGAUAAUAUUCUUCAACCAACAUUUGUUCUUGCAAUUAGUGGUAUAUCAACAUUUAUAGGAUAUUCAAUAUUUAUAGGUGGAUCAUAUAAAUUAUUAAAUUUAAGUGAUGAUUUAAAAACUGUUAUUACAGUAUUAUUUUUUGGUUAUAUAUUUUCACCAUUAUUGUAUCGUUUAACUGAUAGUGUUAGCACGGAUACAAUAUUUUCAUUAACAUUUUUUGUAUUUUUCUUAAAUUUAAUAUUUUUUAAUUAUGGUUUACCGGCAGCUAUUGUUUCAAAACCAAUAUCAAUUAAUUCAGCUAUAUUUGGUUCAAUAUGUUUAGCAUCAAGAUUAUCAUCAUCACAUCAUGCAUUCGUUCUUUUAGUAGUAUCCGUUCAAUUUUUUGUAUUAUAUCCGAUGUUUACUGAAAAAUUUUGGAAAUCAUAUUUUAUUAUACCAAUUAUAUGCUGUUGUUCAUUAAUAUUAUUUAUAUAUUCUUUAUCAAUUCUAAUGACAUAUUUAUUUGUUAUGAUUUUUAUUAAUUUUUUUUGCCCUUGGUUAUUUGUAAGAUUACAGAAAUACAAAAAUAAUAUUCAUGGACCAUGAGAUGAAGCUAUUGUUAAAAAUUCCAUUAAAUUGUAAAUUAAUAAAAAUAUUUAUGUAAUAUAAUAUAUAAUAUUGUAUUUUAAUAAAAUUAAACAUAGUAAAAUAUUGUAAAUUAAUUAAAUUUUUAUUAGGUAUACAAUAAAUAUAAUUUUAUUUAACUGCAACACAAUUGAAAUAGAAUAGUCAUUAAUAUAUGUACAUAUGAAUUUUUUUUUAUUGCUCAUAUUAAAUUUUGAAAAAAUGUUUUAUUGAGUCCGUAUAGCUCAUACGGAAAGUUUCCGCUUUUUAAGAGAAAUAUACCUAGCUAAUUAAGAUAAAUCUACAUAUAUGGUUUUGCUAUUAGAGUUUAAGUAGAUUUUAGGUCCAAAUUUGACUCUGUUUCAACAAAGAACUAAAAAAUAUUCAAAAUAUGUCAUAAUUACUUACAGAUUAGAGCAUCGUGUUAUAAGAAUAAGUAAGACAUCCUUACUAUCACUGCCCCCCCUAUUAUUUAUAUUUCAUAUCUGGGAUAAUGAAGCAAGCAGUAUGUUUCCAAAUGUAUUGUUUAUUCAAAUCCACUGCUAAUAACAAUUGAAAAGAUAAGUAGACACAAGGGGUUAACUAAUAUUUUGACGAAAUGAUCGAUUUGUUCGGAUAGAACAUCAUUAAAUUUCAUAUAUUUUCAACUGUGAUUACUCUUAUAGCUAGAAACUUAAUAGAAGACGAGAUUGACAGUGCACAUUAGGAG